AUGGAAAUCAGCAAGUAGAAGCAAUACUCAUCGAAUUCAUCAAUAUAAUCUUAUAUGCUGGAUGAAUAGACUGCGAUAUCAGAAAGAGUUACAACGGUUAAACCGGAAUAAGUCCAAAAGAUAUUUGAAAUUAAAAUAUGUCAAAGAAGACUCAGCAAAUUAAGAAAAUUACAUGAGCCACAGAGGAAGAGAAAAUAUAAUUACAAGAGUGUCUUAUGCCCUAUUUGUCAUAAACCAUUUUUUAAAAAAGGAAAUCUGAAGGUUCAUAUGCGAAACCACAGCGGCGAAACCCCUUAUUAAUGUAAUUUUUGUGGGAAAAAGUUCCGAAGUGUAGGAAAUAUGAGAGAUCACAGCAGACGCCAUCUCAAAACGAAAUAAUACCAAUUAGUAAAACACAUUUCUCUGAAGCACACUGAGUCUGGAAUUUAAAAAACUUAAAGGUCUAGAAGAUCUGUAGGUUAUUUAGAACCCAUCAGCCAUUCAAUUAGUAAAGGACAGUAUUCCUAGAAUAAAAUAAAUUAAUGCUUGGCACCAUUUAUUGAGGAAGAAUAAAUGAACCAGCUGAGACAAGAUUUUAUAGAUUUUUAAAGCCAAUAAUAACUUUUUGCUUCACUGACAUAAAUUUCAAAAAAAAAUCAUUUAAAUAUGGCUUGA